CUCCGGGGGGUGCAAGCAACCCCCACCAACUGCCCAUGUGGCCGUCAGCGUCUGUGCCCCGUCCCUUCGAACGCCACCCUUCCGGAGUGACCCAGGGGCUGCCCUGAUGGACCGGCCCUCUUUUGGAGUCGACUUUCUGUGUGUGACCCUCCAUUUCUCCUGGUCUCCCCGCCGGUGCUCUUUGAUUAUGCCUCUCAACUUGUUCCUCGUUCCUCAUGCUCGCGCCGACUGAGGCUUGGGCAGAGUCCCCAGCGACCGAGUUUGGGGUGGGGCUGUAGAGACCAGUCCCGCGAUUUCCGGGAAGGCUCCUUUGCGAGCCGCCUAGAAAGGCCUUCUCUCCAGCCUCAAUACUUGCGGACCCGGGCCAGGUCAGACGCCGGAGGCCAGGUCCGUGGCCUCCCGAGGGGCGCCCUAUGGGCGUCCUCGCGUGCUCGCCAAGGUCCACCCCCCGGGCUUCUUUCUCAGGAGGGGCACUUAAUCCAUCCUCUUCCUUUUUUGUUCGUUCGUUGAUUCAGUAAGCAUUUGAGUUUGGGUACUUGCUCACUGUAUUAGAUCCAAAUCUGCUCAUGUCAUUUGGGAUUCUGAGAGUGGCCCAGAAAAAUGCCCGAGGAAGUGAGGUAGCUCUUAAGACCCUGUAUUCCAGAUCCUCUGCCCCGCCCCUCAGCCGGCAGAGGGUAGGAGCUAUGCAAAACUUUCCCUUUUCACCUUCUUUGUAUAUCUUUAUAUUAAAGAGGUGAGACUGACAUGGCUCUAGCGCUUGAGAGCUUGGGACCUUGGACGUGCCUCCUAAAGUGUCCUAGCCUGUUUCCUUAUCAGUAGACUAUUUGCCUUUGAAAAUUACAGUGCGAAUUAGCUCAGAGCUGUUAGUAUAAGGCCUGCACUUGCCCUUUUGUUUUUCUGGAAUAUUCACCACAAUGUAACAUGUGGACUAUUACCUUUAAUAAAGCCCUUGCUUAACAUUUGCCAAUGUUAUGUAUAAGCUCUGUUAUAUAUAUAUGACAUAUAAUGUGUAUUUUAUAAAAAGAGAAAGUAGACUCUUUUUUCCUUCCAUUUAUGCUCUAGUUUUGAUUGGAACCUAGCACCUGUAACAGACAUUGUCAUUUUGGUAUUUCUGGAGCAUUGGGCUGCCUUAGUUUAGCAUAACGUUCUUUGAACUUUCUUGAUUACACUGGCCACCAUUUGAGUAUUCAAGUGUGCACUUGGCGUCACUUGUCAUUUGCCAGAAGGUGUGAACUACUGGCAGGGGUUGACAGGGGUCCACAAUGGUUAAAAAAGGAAUACCUACAGUUUAGCCAGAGUGUAUUCAUGGGGUUUUUAGAACACAUAGCUUAUAUUUCCAAUAAGAGCAAAUCAUUAAUCCAUGCAUGUUGUUUUCACCUCUGUGAUUUUGGGGAAAAAAACAAACAAAACAACAACCAAACAACCAGACCCCUUAAUUGGGCCUAGGACAUGACCCUUUGACAGAAACCAGUUACAAAUGUUUAAGAUAUUCGUAAAUUUGUCCUUUUUAGCCUCUGAGAGCUUUUUUGAACCAUAUUACUCUACAUGUGAAUUUAUACAUAUGCAUCUUCUCAUACUCUGAAACUAAUACAUUAUUGCACAUAGAAAAUUGGUACAUACUUACUUUUAGGCGUUGGAGCAUUUAAACAAUGGAAAAGGUCAUUAUUGCAUAUGCUCUUUUCUUAAUUUGUUUUUCAUUAGAUAGCCACUCAAGAAAACACCAUGAAAGAUACUGAUAUCAAGAGACUACUGUAUACUCAUCUUUUAUGCAUAUUUUCAAUUAUCCUAAGCAUCUUCAUUCCAUCAUUCUUCUUGGAGAACUUCUCAAUAUUGGAAACACACUUGACAUGGUUGUGCGUCUGUUCUGUUUUUGUAACUGCCGUCAAUCUAGUAUUAUAUUUAGUAGUGAAACCAAAUGCAUCCUCUAAAAGAAGUUCAUUAUCAUAUAAGGUAACCAGGUUUUUGAAAUGCUGUAUCUACUUUCUUAUGUCAUGUUUCUUCUUUCAUGUAAUUUUUGUUCUGUAUGGAGCACCACUCAUAGAGCUGGUGUUGGAAACAUUUUUAUUUGCAGUUAUUUUGUCUACUUUUACUACUGUACCUUGUUUGUGUUUGUUAGGACCAAACAUCAAAGCAUGGCUGAGAGUUUUCAGUAGAAAUGGAGUUACAUCCAUUUGGGAGAACAGUCUUCAGAUCACUACGAUUUCUAGUUUUAUAGGAACAUGGCUUGGCGCCUUCCCUAUUCCACUCGAUUGGGAAAGACCAUGGCAGGUAUGGCCCAUCUCCUGUACGCUUGGAGCGACCUUUGGCUACGUGGCUGGCCUUGUGAUUUCACCACUCUGGAUAUACUGGAAUAGAAAGCAACUUACAUACAAGAACAAUUAAUUGGAGCAAAGGGAGAAGAUAUUUCUUUGUGCAGAUUCCAUAAAGACUGUGCAGAAAUGUAUAUGGUCUAAGCCAGGCAGUUCCAUUUACAGCACUGUUGUGUUUUUUUGUUGUUUUUUUUUGUUUGUUUGUUUUUAUGUAGUUACAACAUGAUGUGAUUGUAGCUUUUUAAACUAUGAAACCCCUGAGAGAUUGUACCUUCUAGUUGAAAUAAAGUAUUUA